GACGGUCGUUCUGAUUUCCCCCUCUUCGUCGCUGGCUGGAAACGCUCUCUAUCAGCAUCCACGCAGAACAGUGAACGGGAACGGCACAAUGGCAGACAACGCCUCCUACGGUGGAGGAAGCGCUCCCAGAGCGAGCCGGAUGCAUCGACUAAAGUCCAGUCUACGGAAACUCCUGCGAGACGUUUCCUGGGCCGUGACGACAGUGUCCGAUGGCGUGCAAGACUGGACGCCCUUCUUCCUGGUCCUGUCCUACUUUGUCGUCUCGACGUGCGUCUACAUGAUCGCGACGUCAGCCAUCCUCAAGUUCUUCUGGUUCAUCUAUCUCAUGACCAACACCUACAUUGCCAGCGCAACGGUCAUCGAGGCCGUCAUGAGCAUCGGGGCGUCGCACGCGGCGAAGAAGGCCGUGGCCAAGGUGGCCAAGGACGGCUGGGUGUUUCCCACGGCCGACGAGAAUCUGCUCAAGCUGGACAUCGUCAUUGUCGCCUACCUGCCGAAUGAGCAGGAGAUCAUCAUGGACCGCAUCCAUUAUCUCCUCGACGAGCUGCAGUAUCCGCGGGACAAGCUGCGGAUCAACGUGAUGUACAACAGCCCGUAUCCCAUCCAGCCCCUGGAGGCGCGCAUGCACGAGCUGGCCAUGAAGUUCCCCGGCAAUCUCCGCGUGGUCAAGGUGCCCAAGUCGACCUCCAAGGCGGACAACGUCAACUACUACUGCUCGCUGGACACCGACGCGGACGUGUCGGCCAUCUUUGACUGCGACCACUACCCGCAUCCCUACAGCGCACGCUGGGCCAUGGAGCGCUUCGUCAAGGACUCCACCGUGGACAUCGUGCAGGGCCGGUGUGUCAUUUUCAACAGCAGCGAGAACCUGAUGACCGGCAUGAUCGCCGUCGAGUUCGACAAGAUCUACGCGGUUUCGCAUCCGGGCCGAGCGGCCAUGUUCAACUUCGGCCUGUUCUGCGGAUCGAACGGCUACUGGCGCACGCCGCUCCUCAAGCAGGUGAGGAUGGACGAGGGCAUGCUGACCGAGGACAUCGACUCGGCGCUGCGCGCGUUCGGGAUGGGCGCCAACGCAGUCCACGAACUGAACGUCGUCUCCUUCGAGAUGGCGCCGGUCACCAUGGCAGCCUUCUGGAAGCAACGCCUGCGAUGGUCGCAGGGCUGGCUGCAGGCCAGCUGGCGGCACCUCCCGCUGAUUUGGAACCGGCCCACGGUGGAAGGGAAGACGCGCAGCUUCAACCAGCGAUUCGGCAUCUUCUCGCUGCUCCUCGUGCGCGAGCUCAGCUACUAUCUCAUGACGCAGUAUCUCUGCCUGGUGCUGAACAUCGUCAUCAUCGACUUCCCCCAGUCCGGGGAGGAGCUGUACAAGCUCGUCUUCUUCCAGUACCCCAUCGCAUGGUGGUUUUGGAUCCUGAGCAUCGUAUCUUUCCUGGGCACGCUCUACGUCUCAUUCCACGUCCGCUCGGAGUUUGUGCCAUGGUGGAUGAUCCCGGUUUUCACCGUCAGCUAUCCGGCGCAGCUGGUGCUCAACGCCGUGCUUGGGCUGUUCGGACAUGCGCGCCAGCUCAGCAAAUACGUCAAGUGGAAUCCCACGCCCCGACGGUGAGCCGAUUCCGGGCAGGGAUGGGACCGGGACGGGGAUCAGCCAUCGGAGCAUCAGCGUGUAGAUGAGCGAGAUAUGAUGCAGGCUGCAUGCCUUGUCUCGGCCGGUGUGCAGGAGCUGUCUGGGAUCGGCAAUCUCAAUCGAUAUUCAUCAUGUAGAGCAAAUAGAAGAAUACCAAGAGACCAUGCCAUGGCCAGCCCUGGUGCUUAGCUUGUCACAGCCCUGUCCGGACGAUCUUGGCCACAUCCAAUAGACCCAGAAAAGCAGCAUGCCAAGGACGUCCGGCGUUGCUGGCGUCGCUGGCGUCGCUGGCGAUCGGCGCCGCGUAGUAUCGCUAGCGCUGGCCCCUGGAUCUGCGGACGUUCAAUUGACUUUCUGCAGAAGCGUAUCGGCGCAUCUCCACUCCCAUCAAGUCCCGGUUCACCGACACGUCCCUAUUUCCGUUGGCG